GAGCACCGGAAAAAGAAAAACACUUCCGGGUUCGGAAAACAUGUCGGCUCCUAUCGGGUUGCCAGCGCCGGCUCUGGGCCGCGCUGGAGUCCCUGCUUUUCCUCAGGUGGCCCUGUCUGCGGACGCUGCCCCGUUCACCCCCAUGAGCGCGGACGGGCCGCAGCGCGAGUCGCUGUUUGACACCGAGAAACACUUCUCCCUCUGCGCUGCGAAGCUCAGAGCCCUGCGGCCGGACUCGGCUCAACUCCGGGAGGAGCUCAACCUGCUGUUCGACCAACUCCUGUCCGAAAACUACAGCAGAACAUUCUGCCCCAACAUCAACAUACGACCAGAGGAUGUGUGCACUUUGCUGGAACACGCCAGCAGCCUGGUGCCACUAGGUCAAGAGCAUUUAGUCAUCAAACUCUGCCAGUUAAUACAUCAUCUGCUUAAUCAACUAAAGAUAAUAAUGGACGAGCAGACGUUGGAUGAACUGGUGAACUAUACUGCCAAUGCUCUGAAAGUAUGCAGUACGUGGACACACUCUGAUGUCCUCCUGGCGCUGUCUACAGUAGUGUAUGGGAAUGGACAUUGGUGCCAACAACGUCUUAGUAGUUUACUGGGAGAAGAUGGAGUCCUCAUGCUGUAUAGUUCUCCAUCUCAGCCAAACAUGGAGUUACGGCGUGUUGCUCUGACCUGUAUGGCCAACAUCUGUUUCAGGAUGCCUGGUCAGCCUCCACUGGAUGAUAAAUAUAGAAAUGCAUGUUUCAGAGUCUUUCUGAAUACAAUGCAGUCGCCCAAACCUCCAGACACAGAUGAGCUCUUCUACAGUAUGGUGAUUCAGGCAGCACUGAAGGGACUUCAGUGUUGUGUUUCAGGCGGAAAGUGGAAAUUUAGUGGAGAAGAGGAGCUUGGGUCUGUGUUAGCUGCACUUAAGAGGCUCAUGUUCCAGGGAGUUCCAGGUGUGAGUGUGGAGUGGCCGGCUGUGCUGUACCCAGCACGUCUUCCUCAGUAUGAAGGACUCUCUGCACUAAAACCUGCUGAACCUGACAAAUCUGAACCUCUAAAGGAAACCACUGUGGCAGGAAAAUCCUCCGGGAAUAAGAAAAGGAAAUCCAGAGGGAAGGGAAAGAAGACGAGUCGUGAGGAGAGCAGAGUGGAUGGAGAGGAAGAUGAUGGAGCAGCAGUGCCUCUACCUCAGAGGGAAAGGGGGAGGGAGGGAGGCAGAGGUGAGGGAGAGUCCUCGUACAAACCCUCUGACCCAUCUCUCUACCCGUCCUGGAAAAGAAACAGCUCUGACUCAGAGUUUUCUGACCCAGAAGGCAACGCACAGAGCAAAUUAAGACUUUAUCACUGCCGUGUACGUCAGGCAGCCCUGCAUUGUUUGCUUGCAGUAGUGAAAGGUGUGGAGAAGAGGACUCUGUACGGGUACUGGUCUUUCUUCAUCCCGGACUCUCCUGUCGGAGGACCACCGCCUCUCACUCUUCUGACGAUUAUUCUCAAGGACCCUUCGCCAAAGGUGCGAGCGCUUGCUCUCCAGGUGUUGUCAGCCAUGUUGGACGGCUCCCGGCAGUUCCUGGCUGUAGCUGAAGAUACUGCGUCUCCCCGCACGUCUUACACCCCUUUCUCUUUCCUGCUGGCCACUGCUAUCAGAGAGCUGCAUCGCUCUCUGAGUCUGGCUCUGCUGGCUGAGACCUCCUCUCAGACUUUAACGCAACUUAUAAAGUGCCUGGCAUACCUGGUGUCAAACGCUCCUUACCACCGUCUCAGACCCGGCAUGCUCAGCCCUCUCUGGAAACAGAUCUGUCCUUAUGUACGCCACAGAGAUGUGAACGUGCGUGUGUCAGUCCUGACUCUUUACGGAGCGUUGGUAACAGCUCAGGCUCCUCUCCCUGAGGUGCAUCUCCUCCUCCAACAGCCAGAGAGCGGCAGCAGCGUCACAGGCUCGUUCACGCCGCAGGACUCUGUCAACUGGAGACAAAGAGACGGCGUUUCCUCACCCUCUCGGACGCCAGUCGCACACUCCCAGCACAGCUCGCACACACACUCGCCCCGCAUUCCUCGCACACCAGGGGAGAAUAACUCCGCCCCACCGUGGCUGCUGCAACUGUGUGUAUCCUUGGUAACUCACCCUAGAGAGGAACCAUCAGACAGCGAGGGAGCAGCAUCAGGUGGAGCUACUACAUUAGAGCCCUCCCCUGUCCGUCUAGAAGCUUUACAGGUUCUGUCCCAUCUGGUACGUGGCUAUUUCUCUCUAGCCCAAGCAUAUCUUUGUGAGAUUAGGCAGGUGAGCGCACGCUGCCUUGGAGAGACUGAUCCCUCCAUACAACUGCAUGGAGCAAAGUUACUAGAGGAACUGGGAACAGGAAUCAUUCAUCAGUACAAAGCAGAGAAUAAUGUGCCAGAGAGUUCAAGAGUCCCCAUGAAUCAGGUAGUCCAGUUUUGGUCAGAUGUCUUGAGUGGUGCACUGAAUGGAGCUCUGCAGAAUGAACAACACCCAACGCUGCAGACAAGUGCCUGUGACACACUGUCCUCCAUCCUGCCACAGGCCUUCGCACAGCUGCCCGAUAAGACACAGCUGAUGUGCAUCACUAUGCUGCUGGGGCUCACCUAUAGUGAGAACUAUCUGGUGAAGACCGCAGCCGUCAGAGCUUUGGGAAUCUACGUCCUGUUUCCUUGUCUCAGAGAGGAUGUGAUGUUCGUGGCAGAUACAGCAAACACUAUCCUCGCUGCUCUCGAUGAUCGAUCUACAAAUGUCCGGGCCAAGGCUGCCUGGUCUCUUGGCAACCUCACAGACACUCUUAUUGUCAACAUGGAGGGUGUAGGUGUGGAGUUCCAGGAAGAGUUAUCAGACAUGCUGCUCCUUAAGAUGCUGCAGGCAGCCACGCGAGCAGCAGCCGACAAAGACAGAGUCAAGUGUAAUGCAGUGCGAGCGCUUGGGAACCUGCUUCAUUUUCUACGCCACAGUCAGCUGACUCGGCCUGCGUUUCAGCGCCCGCUGGAGGACGCAGUUCGUGCUCUUGUGAAAACUGUCCAGUCAGAGGCCUCGAUGAAGGUCAGAUGGAACGCCUGUUAUGCUUUGGGAAAUGCGUUCAGAAACCCAGCCCUGCCACUUGACUCUGCCUCCUGGUCUUGUGACGCUUUCUCCGCCCUUUGUCAUGUCGUCACCUCCUGUAAGAACUUCAAGGUGCGGAUCAAAUCUGGUGCUGCCAUGGCAGUUCCCGCCCACCGCAACUGCUACGGGGACACAAAGCGUUUCAUCUGUGUGUGGCAUUCACUGGCUACCGCGCUCGAGAACAGCGAAGACACAAACGACUUCUUAGAGUACCGCUACAGUGCCAGUUUGCGACACACACUCUCUCAGGCUCUCCUACACCUGCUCAGUGUCAGCCAGUCUCAGGACAUGCCCGCACUCGGCGCAUCGCUGGCCAGCGAGGAAGGAAGGAACAUCAGGGCACAUUUGAUUAAAUAUCUUAAAGUGGAUGAAGGAGGGAGAGAGGGGGUAGAGGAUGAGAAAGACACUAUGACAGAAAGUUGUAACCCUUUGCAGAGAAUCAGAGGUCUGCAGCAGACUUUUACUAGACUGAAGAAUUUGAAGGCUGAAGGGGUGAGAAAGGAAGAGGAGGAAAGAGGUAAAGAGGUCGUGGUAGAUUUUUUGGAGGAUUUGAUAAAAACCUGUGAAGAACCAUGAAGAGACACAUUAAAACUGCAGCUCUGGAAUUCAGAUAUCCUUUUGUCUCUCAAUUCAGGGCCGUUCUGAGCGGACUGCCACCAGCUGUAAACUAAUUCAGUGAAUCACAUUUGUCAUAUUGUGAUCUUAAUGACCAAGGACCACAAAAGAAAUUAUGUUUUUGUUUCAUGAUACCCUGAAGUUAUUUCAUUUUAUUUAUCGAAAUGCACUUUUAUAGAUUAGCAUCUGACGUAUGUGGUGUGAUGUAAUGGAAGUAGUUUGAAUGCAAUAAAAGAUCACUGCUUUAUUUCAAAUGUAUUUGUCAAGUGAAUGUUUUAAAAUAAUUUUAACACCAUUAUAUUUUUGUCCUGCUCUAACAGGAUGUACACCAAACUGUCUAUGUAAACAUUGUCAAUGCUGACGGAUCAUGCUGAACACUAACAAAUAAACAAUGAUAUCAGAUCCAGUGAUACCCUA